AUGGCAUGCAGAGCCCAGGAUGUGCAAGUUCGAGUGCCGCCCGAGGUGCGGGGCAACCUGGGGGGCACCGUGCAGCUACCGUGUCACCUGCUGCCGUCGGGACCGGACGUCAGAGUCUCGCAGGUGACGUGGCUGCACGUGGACGCAACCGGCACCAGCAGGAGCGUGGCCGCCUUCCACCCUUCGUACGGGCCCAGCUUCCGCAGCCCAAAGCCCGGCGAAGAGCGGCUGUCCUUCGUCACCGCCGGGCAGAGCAGCGGGACCAGGCAGGGCACGGAGACGGAGCUGCGGGAUGCCACGCUGGCCCUCCGGGGACUGACGGUGGAGGAUGAGGGCAACUAUACCUGCGAAUUUGCCACGUUCCCCAGUGGCACCAGCCGGGGGACGACCUGGCUCCGGGCCAUAGCCCAGCCGGAGAACGCGGCUAAGACGGAGGAGGUCCCGCCCGGCCCGCUCAGCCUGGAGCCUGUGCCCGUGGCCCGCUGCGUCUCCCGUGGGGGCCGCCCGCCCUCCCGGAUCUCCUGGUCAUACCCGGACGGGAAGGCCAAUGACAGCCUGGUGCCAGGACACCUGCCUGGCACGUUCGACGUCAUCAGCCUCUUAACCUUAACACCCUCCAGCCAGGCAGAUGGCCAGAACGUCACCUGCAAAGUGGAGCAUGAGAGCUUCAAGGAGGCCGUCCUGCUGUCUGUGACUCUCGCCGUGCCUUACCCCCCUGAGGUCUCCAUUUCCGGCUAUGAUGACAACUGGUACCUCGGCCGCAGCGAGGCCACCCUGAACUGUGAUGUCCGCAGCAAACCAGAGCCCACAGGGCACAGCUGGAACACAGGGCGCUAA